AUGAGUUUAUUAUCAUCAUCAUCAUCAAUAUCAUCAAAUGAAGAGGAGGUGAUUGAAUUGUAUCAAAUCAAAGAUAGUAGUAUUUUAUUGCCACAUGUCGAUCGAUUCAAACAAUCGGUUCGAAUCAAAGGAAUCAUUACCAACAAGGAGGGUCUCAACUAUAUUGCAUUUGUCGAUAUCGAGGCAUCACCAACCAUCAUGCUUUUCAUCGAUAUUGUUCGUGGUCAACUCAGUAUCUUUACCAAUGACAUUGUACGAUUCAAGCGAUAUGUAAACAGUGUCGACUGGAAGAAGGGUUUCUUAUCCAACCCAAAAUAUCAAAUUGACAUGGAUCCAACUACCUAUCCAUAUCAAAAGGAUGGUCUAGUUGAUCAUUUAUUACCUUCAUCAAGAUAUUUGGCAUUUGCGUCAUUGGGAUUAGAAGAAAAUGAUAUAUUGGAAGAUGUACUACGAAGACAAGGUUUAAAGAUUGAACCAAGUCCAGAAAUAUUUGAUUUGUUAAUGUUGCCAAUCGAAAGUAAACAAGAUAAAAUUGAAGAUUUAAAACAAUAUUUAGAAGGUGGUGAAUCACCAAUUACAUUUGAUGAAGCUGAUGUUGUUGGUAUGAAACAAAAUGAAGAAGAUGUUGGAACAAGAAAGAAACAAAUGAUAAAUAAUAAUUGGACAUAUAGAUCAACAAAGAGUUUAGCAUUUAUGAGAUGGACAACAAAACAUUCAAUAACCUCUUGUGUUAGAGGAGGUAAAGAAAAUGAAAUCAUAUCUUGGGCCAUUCAAUAUACCGAUGGAUCUGUUGGAUCAUUGUUUACACUUCCCAAACAUCGUGGUAAUUCAUAUGCAAUGCGAGUCGUUGCCGAUAUCUUAAUCAAAUGUCUAAGCAAACCAUAUCUUCUUGUACCGUUUAUCUAUAUCAAUACCGAAAAUCAACCUUCACAAAAUCUUUUCCGUAAUCUUGGUUUUAGACCAAUCACUCUGACAAGAUGGUUAACUGCAAGUAAUUCACCAAAUUAA